UGGCUGCUGCGGCCGCUUACGCGUCGCGCUUCCUUGUCUGUUCCUCGUGUUCUGGGGAGUCGCUCUCUUUUUCUCUCGGCAGAGAAGAGGCGAUGGCGGCGCUGGCAUCUCUCGGCGCCCUGGCGCUACUCCUGCUGUCCGGCCUCUCCUGCUGCUCAGCAGAGGCAUGUGUGGAGCCCCAGAUCACCCCUUCCUACUACACCACCUCGGACGCCGUCAUUUCUACUGAGACUGUCUUCAUCGUGGAAAUCUCCCUGACGUGCAAGAACAGGGUCCAGAGCAUGGCUCUUUACGCUGACGUAAGUGGAAAACAGUUUCCUGUUACCCGGGGCCAAGACGUGGGGCGGUAUCAGGUGUCCUGGAGUCUAGACCACAAGAGUGCACACGCUGGCACCUACGAGGUGAGAUUCUUCGACGAGGAGUCCUACAGCCUGCUGAGGAAGGCUCAGAGAAAUAAUGAGGACAUUUCCGUCAUCCCACCUCUGUUCACAGUCAGCGUGGACCAUCGGGGCACCUGGAACGGGCCCUGGGUCUCCACUGAGGUACUGGCUGCCGCCAUCGGCCUUGUGAUCUACUACCUGGCCUUCAGCGCCAAGAGCCACAUCCAGGCCUGAGGACGGUGCCCCGGCCCCCCUUGCUUUUUUCAAUAAACAGUUCUCGGCUGUCACUGGCACCGGGGACACGGGCUCCUC